AUGACAACACAGGCGGCGGUUCGGGUGGCGACCACACCCCUUACGCCCCAAAUCCCAAGGAUGAUAAACCCCCUUCCGACCUGUUCAGAUGCCUCAAAGUACACAACCGUUGAGCAGCUGGAAGCAAAAGCGGGAUUGAUCGACCUCUGGUGUGGACCGCAAUAUACCAUCACUAUCCUGCUUCAGAUUCUCCAAGACUUGUUCGCUCGCUAUGACGAGAUCAUGGCCAGCGGCUACUACAAGUACUUCAAGAUUUACGCGGACUAUCUCGUCAGCAAUGCAUGGGCGGCCCUCCGCAACUUCAUGCUCAUACACGGCGACGAGUACUUCAACCGCAAGAUCACCGAGGAGACAACCUGUUGCAACGUAUGCAAAGCGGAGGGUGUAUCUUGCCACAACUCAGCCAUGUCCUCCCGACUACUCAAAACGCGCGACAAAGAGGGCGAUUUCUGGGACGCGGCAGCCGCAGAAGUCGGCGCCCCCAGGGAAAAGAUGAGCAUUGUCAAGUUACAGUCGGUCGGCAUGUUGGACUCGUCAUGCUCCAGAGAUUCCGUCUAUAACGGCAUAGAGCACAUGACAGCCUCCUGCUACUACCGGAACUUUUGGUUUGACGCAACUCAAAUUAACGGGUUCAACACGGACGAUGUCACCAACCCGAAGACGAUUCUCAACAAGGCCCUCAUUGGCGCAGGCAUCGGACUGGGAAUUUACGACAUGGUUCAGACGCCGUCAGCGAUCCCUGUCGACCUGUUCGGAAUUCUGUUCAGCGUCAAGGGUAUCCGCGACGUCAGUAACGCCCGUAAGGCUGCCUUAGCCCGAGGUGCAAUGCCUCACGCAGACAUCGAUCGAAUUAGCACAAAGGCCGCUGCCGAACUGGAACAAAUCUCUUAG